AUGUCAACAACUGCUGACACAAAGGUGCUUUCACGGUCAUUUGUAUUUCAUCGACUUGAAAAUCUUUUAUCGGAUGUUUCAAGUGUGAAUUCAUCUGAAAUACAAAUUCCAUUUACAAUCGAUCCGACAACAACGACAAACAAUGAGAUAAUUAAUUUUGAUACCUCAUUUGCACAUCUAUCCUAUCGACAAGAUUUAUCAAAUGUGGAACAUGUACAUUUUCGUUGUCGUCCAGCAUCAUCAUUUAAUUCAUCUAUUCAUACAAGUUUAUGUGAAGCUGUACUCGGUAUUUUUCCUGAUACAAGUUCUUCAACAUCAUCAUCAACAAUUCUACCACCAGUUCUUGUACGUGGAGUUGUUGAACGACGUCAUCGUCGUAUUAAAGUUGGCGAUUGGCUUUUAGCAAUAAAUGAAACACCUAUAAAUUGGAUCAAUAUUAAUGAUAUAUUACCAAAAUAUCACUCAUCUCGUAAACUUCGUCUUACAAUUCGUCAUCCAGAUAAUUAUAAUUCAACAUUUUCUUCAUCUUUACAAUCACCAAUUAUGUUACCAUCAAUAGAAGAAAAAAAACUCUCUAUACCAGAACAAAUUGAUUGUAUACAUGCAAUACUUUAUUAUGAAAAAAGAGUAAAUCAAGGUUUCAAAUUAUUAUAUCAACAACCAGCACAAAAAGAUAUAUUUUUUGCUGCUGGUGGUGUUUUUCCAACAUUAACACAACUUAUGUACGACAUGAAUGAACAUGAUAGUUUACUUCGAAGUAUAUCAAUCAAAUUAGCUGAACAAAUUAUUCCUGUAUGUGUAACAAGUGAUGAUAAUAUUCAUUAUUUAAUUAUUAUAUAUCCACCUAUUAAAAAUUUACAUAUGUGUUUACUUGAACAACAUACUCGACAUAUGAUGCGUUUAAUAACUUUUUUAUUUGGUUCAAUAUAUCGUGGAUUAUUCUACUAUCAAGAAUCGAUUGAAUAUUUUUUUGAUAUAUUUUUUUAUCGUCUUCAUUGUUUAUCAUCAUCAUCAUCAUCAAUAAAUUCUUCGCCAAUAUUAAAAAAUGUUCGUCUACUUGAUGAAUUUUUACCUGCACAAUUUAAUGAUUAUGGUACAUGUCCAAAAUUAAAUUUAAAUGAUCAACAAUUAUUAUAUAAUAUUAAUUAUUUAUUAAAUCAAUUAGAAUGUCAAAAUUUUAAUCAAUGUUCAAAUGAAAAUGAUUUUAUUAUAAAUCGUUAUCGACGAAUAUUUUUUUUAAAUGGUUCAAUUUUAUUUCAUCGUAUUCAUCUUUUAAUAAGUCAUUUAUCAAAUGAAACAACAAUUGAUAUUUAUCGUUUUCUUAUUCAUUAUGGACAUUUAAAUAUGUCACAAUUUUAUUAUGAUACAUGGCAUUUAUUAUUAUUUAAAGAAAUUUUUCUAUCAGAUUAUGAAUCUAAACAACGUUCAUUUUUAAUUGUUUGUAGUCAAGGUGAAUUAACUUUAGCUGUUCUUAUUCAAACUGAAUAUGAAAAAAAUGAUUUUAAUAUACCACCUGAUCAUGAAUUAAUUCAACAGAUAAAAUUAACUUUAAAUGAUAUAUAUUCAAUUCUUCCAAAAACAAUAACAAAUUCAUUACCAUGGAUUGUAUCAUCACCAGUAGCAUUUGUUAAAAAACAAUUAAAACGUACAAUUUCAUUACCAUUAAUAGGAGGAUUCAGUCAAUCAAAUAAAUCGAAUACAUAUGAAUCAAAUAUUGCUGAUACAAUAUCAUUAACAUCCUCUCAUUAUCCUGAUCAAUCACAAACUGAUCUUCGAAUAACACAAUUAGUAAGUCAACCUGAAUCUCAAGAUGAAUUAUAUAAAAGUAGUCGUCAAUCAUUUAUGUCAUCAACUUUAUCACUGGAUGAACAACAAAAUAAAAAUCUUCAUUCAAAUUUAUCAACAUAUCGAUUACAUCCAGGUAAUUAUUCAACAAUAUUUUAUUAUCUUGAUUUUCAAUCAAUUCGUGGUUUACUUAUUGCACCUUAUUUUACACUUGAUAAAUUAACACAAACAACAUUAAUUGAUCGUCUUUUAUUUGAAACUAUUCAACAAACAUGUAUUUAUAUACGACGAAAACAUUUUUCUAAACAACCUAAAUUAAAUGUAAAAAAUUUAUUUAGUACAAAAAUUCGUCCCAAAUAUUAUGAAAUUGGUUGUCAAUUUUCUUUACAAACAGAUCCAGAUAAUAAGAAAAAAAAAGAUGCAAAUUUAUUUAAUUUUUGGAUUGUAGCAAAAAAAUGUGUACAACCUAUUGAACAUGAAUUUUUUGUUUGUUAUCAUGAUUCAACAGCACAAAAUAUACCGGAAUUGGCAUUUACUAUUGGAAUGUCAUCAAUAUAA